AACGUACAAGGGCUCGCUUACUUGAAACCGGGAGCAUUCAAAAUACCCUCAAUGGGUCACACGCUGAUUUGCCAAGUCUAAGUAGCAGAACGUUAAAUUGCCUCGGGAAUAACAAACAUACAAUUGUUGACAAUCACGAUACUUGUUUACUCCCACGUGUCAUAAUGAUCAUCGCUAAACAUCAUGGCCCUGUCGUCCUUUAUGAGACAGGAAAGUUGCCAUCGACAGAGGCAGGAAAGUCUGAAAUUUGGCCAGAUCAGAGAGAGAGAGAGAGAGAGCAAGAGAAGAAAAAAAACACACACACAUGCACACAGAACCCGCCAGUAAGCAAUGCGCUGACCCGAUCGCGUCAAAGAAGACCAAGUCUCGUUACGGCGAGCAACAGCGUGACGCAGAGUCACGCCAAAUGGAGAGUAAAAUUAAGCUGCCAAUACCCUCCUGCCUGUCGAGUCUGCAAGUGCGACGCUUCCGGGAGAAUUACCGAGUGGGAGAACGCCGCCAUCACGCGAUUUGCAUCCGUGACGGCUGGCUGGAGUUCCACCUGAUAUGUGUGGAGGAGGUGCAACGUAAAAUAUUUGCCACUAAUUCCAAGACUUCAGUGAGACGCUCAAAAGCACCGGGAAUGUCUGGAAGCGAGGCAAAGGUCUUGCUAGACGGAGGCCAGGAGGAGGUGAACGACAGAAAAACACAAGAGAGACAUUGGGAGGAGAGAGGAACUGGCGAGGCGGAGGAGAAAGCCAACGACCGCGAGGAGAACAAAGGUUGUGAUCAUGAGGCAGGGGAGGCAAACAUUAGUGACAGUGAGGAAAUGGAGAAUCACCUAGGGGUGGAAAUUGAUUGGCAGAAGGAGGAGAAAAAGGAGCAGAAGGGGCACCAGGAGCAGGAGAGUCACCAGGACAAGAAGAACGACCAAGUGGAGGAGAAAAGCAGCGAGGAGGAGAAAGCGGGUGAGCAGGAAGAGGAGGAAAUCAGGGCUUACAAUGAGGAGGAAGUCCGGGGAGACCGGAUGAAGGAGGAAAAUGAGAGUGAGCAAGUUGAGGGGAAGAAAAAUGCUGACCGGCAGGAGGAGGAGGAGAACAUGAUCAACCAGGAGGAAGAGGAGGAAACCAAGGAGCAGAAAGAUUGCCUUGAUGAAGAGGACAAGGUAGGGAAAAGGAAUGACCAACAGGAGGAGUACACCGACUUGGGGAAGGAUAAAGAGAGCGAGCGUGAAGAUGAGAAGAUCAUCGAGCAAGAGGAGGAGGUUGAUGAUCACAGAGAUAAGCUAAAAGGCGAUCAAGAGGAAAAGCAGAUGAGGAAAGAGAGUGAUCGUGAGGAGAAAAUGGGAAACCAGGAGGAUGAGAAGGAAGCGCGUGAUUGCCAAGACGUUAAAGAGAGUGACCGAGAGGAAGUGGAGGAGAAAGACAAAGAUCACAAAGAAGAGAAAAGGCAUGACGAGGAGGUGACAGACUGUUGGAAGGAGAAGAGACAGCAUGAUCAUGAGACGGAGGAGGAGGCCGAAAAUCUUGACAAUCAACAGAAGAUAAACAACCGGGAGGAGGAGCUUGACCCGGUGAAGGAGGACAAAGGUGAGCAGGAGCUGAAGAAAGAGAGUGAUCAUCAAGCAGAGAACAAGAGGGACCAGAAGGACAAAGGAAGUGAGCAACAACACGAGAAAACACAUGACCAGGAGCGAGUGGAGGAGGCGCCAGAGAAAGAUCACAAAGAGGAGAAAAAGAGUGCCCAGGAGGAGAAGAGAAAUGACCGAGACGAAGAAGACAUGGACUGGAUGAAAGAAGAGAAAGGAAGGGAGCUAAAUAAGGGGAAGGAGGAGGACAAGGGUGAAGAAGAAGAGGAGCAGGGGGAUCAUGUCGAAGGCAGAAGAGUCCAGCAGGAGGAGAAAAGGAAAGACAGUGAGGAGAAGAAAGGGAAAGAUCCUUCUGAGGAGGACAAGGAUGAACAGAAGGAAGCGGACAACGGGACUGACAGAGAAGAGAAAAGCAAGAGCCAAAGCGAGGAGGAGAUUGGCUGGGUGACUGGGGACAAAGAAGGUGAUCAUAUUGAGAAGAAGAAGAAGGAGGAGCAGCAGGAUCAUGUAGAAGACAGAAGAGUCCAGCAGGAGGAGGAAAGGAAAGACAGUGAGGAGAAGAAAGGGAAAGAUCCUUCUGAGGAGGACAAGGAUAAACAGAAGGAAGCGGACAACGGGACUGACAGAGAAGAGAAAAGCAAGAACCAAAGCGAGGAGGAGAUUGGCUGGGUGACUGGGGACAAAGAAGGUGAUCAUAUUGAGAAGAAGAAGGAGCAGGAGGAUCAUGUAGAAGACAGAAGAGUCCAGCAGGAGGAGAAAAGGAAAGACAGUGAGGAGAAGAAAGGGAAAGAUCCUUCUGAGGAGGACAAGGAUGAACAGAAGGAAGCGGACAACGGGACUGACAGAGAAGAGAAAAGCAAGAACCAAAGCGAGGAGGAGAUUGGCUGGGUGACUGGGGACAAAGAAGGUGAUCAUAUUGAGAAGAAGAAGGAGGAGCAGCAGGAUCAUGUAGAAGACAGAAGAGUCCAGCAGGAGGAGGAAAGGAAAGACAGUGAGGAGAAGAAAGGGAAAGAUCCUUCUGAGGAGGACAAGGAAGAACAGAAGGAAGCGGACAACGGGACUGACAGAGAAGAGAAAAGCAAGAGCCAAAGCGAGGAGGAGAUUGGCUGGGUGACUGGGGACAAAGAAGGUGAUCAUAUUGAGAAGAAGAAGGAGGAGCAGCAGGAUCAUGUAGAAGACAGAAGAGUCCAGCAGGAGGAGGAAAGGAAAGACAGUGAGGAGAAGAAAGGGAAAGAUCCUUCUGAGGAGGACAAGGAUGAACAGAAGGAAGCGGACAACGGGACUGACAGAGAAGAGAAAAGCAAGAACCAAAGCGAGGAGGAGAUUGGCUGGGUGACUGGGGACAAAGAAGGUGAUCAUAUUGAGAAGAAGAAGGAGGAGCAGCAGGAUCAUGUAGAAGACAGAAGAGUCCAGCAGGAGGAGGAAAGGAAAGACAGUGAGGAGAAGAAAGGGAAAGAUCCUUCUGAGGAGGACAAGGAAGAACAGAAGGAAGCGGACAACGGGACUGACAGAGAAGAGAAAAGCAAGAACCAAAGCGAGGAGGAGAUUGGCUGGGUGACUGGGGACAAAGAAGGCGAUCAUAUUGAGAAGAAGAAGGAGGAGCAGGAGGAUCAUGUAGAAGACAGAAGAGUCCAGCAGGAGGAGAAAGGGAAAGACAGUGAGGAGAAGAAAGGGAAAGAUCCUUCUGAGGAGGACAAGGAUGAACAGAAGGAAGCGGACAACGGGACUGACAGAGAAGAGAAAAGCAAGAACCAAAGCGAGGAGGAGAUUGGCUGGGUGACUGGGGACAAAGAAGGUGAUCAUAUUGAGAAGAAGAAGGAGCAGGAGGAAAGGGAGAGUGGUCAUGGAGAUGAGCCGAAGAAUGACAAGCAGGAAGAGGAUGUGGGGAGUGCAGAAGAAAGAGGUGAGGAGGUGAAGGAGGAGGAGAAGGAUGGAAAGCUGGAGGAAGAGCAAGACAAAGACGGUGCUCUUGAAGACCAGAAAGAGAGCAGUCAGGAAGAAGACAAAAAGGAAGAGGAGUUAAGGCGUGAUCACGGUGAGGAGGAGAAAAAGGGUGACCAGGAGAAGGAGAAGCAACAACAGGAAGAGAUGGACUGGAUGAAGGAGGAGAAAGGGAGUGCUCAUGCAGAGGGGGAGAAGAAAAGCGAGCAGGAGCAAACGGAGAGAAGGGAGGACCAAGAGGAGAUGAUUGACUGGCUGAAGGAGAACAGAGGCGAUGACAAAGAUGCGGAGAAAAGCCACGAGCAGGAAGAAGAGUGGGAGACAAAAGUCAUCUGUUACAUUGGAGAGGAGAAACAGAGCACGCCUGAGGUGGAGGAGAAAAGGCGUGACGACCAAGAGGAGAAACCCGACUGGAUGGAGAAAGGGACCGAGAAAUGUUGCGUUGAUCAGGAGUGGGAGCAAGCGCAAAGAGAAGGCAAUUGUGAAGAGGACGAGAACAAGAGCAACCGGGAGGAUGGGGACGAGAGGAACCACCAAGAAGAGGGGCUUGAGAAGGCCAGUGCUCAGGAUGACGAGGAGCACGAGGAUAAGCAGAGUAGUCAGGAAGAGGAGGAGCAGGAGGGGAUGAAUGAACAGCAGGAGGAGGAGAGGAGUGAUAAUGAAGAAGAGGAGAAAAAGACUGAAACAGACAAAGUGGGUGAUCAGGACCAGAAGGAAGAGGAGGAGAAAAGGAGCAGCCAAGAGGAGGAGGAGAGCAAAAGCAAUGAUCCCACCGAGGAGAAGGAGAAGAGGACCCAGGAGGAGGACAGGAGUUACGAAAAGGGGGAGGAAAGAAGGACCAUCCAAGAGGAGAUGAAGGAAGAGGAGAAAGGGGCUGAAGAUGUCGAAGAGGAGAAAAUGGUUUGCCAAGAAGAAAAGCGGGAGGAGAGUGACCACGGAGAUGAGGAGAAAAAGAGUGGAGAGGAGGAGAGCGAGGGGAGAGACCAGGGUGAGGAGAAAGACAAUGACCGGGAGGAGAAGAGUUGCAAGGAGAAAGAUGAGGGGGAGGAGGAGGAGGCAAGGCAGAAGAAAGACAACGAGCAAGAGGAAGACAUUGACUGGGUGAGGGAGGAAACCGAGAUCGUUCUCCUGGAGGAAGAGAAAAUGUCUUGUGGGAAGGACUGUGAGCAGGUGGAGGAGGAAGAGCAAAACGAUAACCUGGAUGACGAGACGAUUUGGUACCAUGAGGAGGCAGAAAAGAAUGAUCGAGAAAAGGAGGAGGAGGUGAACAGGAGUCCGCAUGUGAACGAGCAUGGAGAGGAGGAGGAGGAGGAAAUGAGCUACCAGAAGGAGAACAUGAAUGAGCAGAAGGACCAGGAAGAGGAAGAAGACAAGAGUGACUCGGAGGACAGUGGCCCAGAGGAGGAGGAGGAGGAGGAGGAGGAAAUGAGCUACCAGAAGGAGAACAUGAAUGAGCAGAAGGACCAGGAAGAGGAAGAAGACAAGAGUGACUCGGAGGACAGUGGCCCAGAGGAGGAGAAGGAGAACGAGAGAGAAAAUGACCCAGACGGGGAAGAGCGCCACCAGGCGGGGGAGGCGGGGGAGGCGGAGCAGGCAACCGAAGGGAGUGAAAACCAGGAAGGCAGGGGCAGCGACGAGGAGGAGAAAGAAAGCGACAACGGACAGGAAAGUGACCGGGAUGACGAAGAGGAGGAGGACACCGAUAACGAUGAGGAGGAGGAUGACACGGACAGCGAGGAGGAAGAGGAGGAGACGGACCAGGCGGAGGACGAUGACGAGAGUGACACUGAGGAGGAAAGUGACAGCGAGGGCGACAGUGGCAGUGAGGAGGGCUGCAAUCAUGAGGAGGAGAAAGAUGGUGGCCAGGAGAAAAAGGAGGAGAAAGAGAAGGAGCAGCAGGAGGACGACCGCAAGGAAAGGGAGACAAACACUGGGGCAGUGCAAGAGGAGGAGGCCAUGGAGGUCGAUGAGAACUACGUUGAGGAGGAGAUGGGGAGGGAAAGCAACACCAAGGCAAUGGGCGACCACGACAAGGAGAGCGACUUUGAGGAGGCGUCCGUGGGCCAAUGGAACGAUGCGCUGAGGAGGCUUUGGGUGGAACGCUGGUUGAGGGCAAGGAGAGAGAACGGGAGGCGAUGGGUGGUCAUGAGGGGGAGGAGGUACAGAGCAAUGAGAAGGCGCUGGAUGACCACCAGGAGGAGGAAGAAGGCCAAGCGGAGUUUGGUCGCGAUGAGGAGGAGGGCUAAUCGAGUGAUGGAGACCCCAGAGAUCAGUCAGGCGGGGAGAUCAGAGUGGCAGGGAGGAGAACCAGGGAAGUGAGCAUGAGGAGGUGGUCGUGGAUAAGGAGA